AUGGAGAACGCUUUUCUAAAUACCCCAGCAGAGGCGCUGGACCAUUUCAAUGUCUCGGAAAACGCAGGCCUGUCACAAGAUGCCGUGCUGAAGUCUAGACAGCAGCAUGGUCCUAAUGCCCUGGCCGAAGACCCUCCGACUCCUCUUUGGGAAUUGAUUCUGGAGCAAUUCAAGGACCAACUGGUCCUUAUUCUUCUUGGAUCUGCUGCUGUUUCUUUUGUUUUGGCCCUGUUCGAAGAGAGCGACGACUGGACUGCCUUUGUCGACCCGGCUGUGAUUCUUACUAUUUUGAUUCUCAAUGCGGUGGUGGGUGUGACCCAGGAAAGCAGCGCUGAGAAGGCGAUUGCGGCCCUCCAGGAAUAUUCGGCCAACGAGGCCAAGGUCGUGCGUGGUGGAAAAUCUCAGCGUGUCAAGGCUGAGGAUCUAGUCCCUGGUGAUGUGAUUCACAUUGCCGUUGGUGACCGUGUCCCCGCCGACUGCCGUCUGCUCUCUAUCCACAGCAACAGCUUCCGCGUUGACCAGGCUAUCUUGACUGGCGAGAGUGAGAGUGUUGGCAAGGAGACCGGCGCUGUCAAGGACCGCCAGGCUGUCAAGCAGGAGCAGGUUAACAUGCUUUUCUCGGGUACCACCGUGGUCAAUGGCCACGCUACUGCCUUGGUUGUCUUGACUGGUGGAUCUACUGCCAUUGGUGACAUUCACGAUAGCAUUACUUCUCAGAUCUCGGAGCCAACCCCUCUGAAGCAGAAGCUGAAUGACUUUGGUGACAUGCUUGCGAAGGUGAUUACCGUCAUUUGUGUCCUGGUUUGGCUCAUCAACAUUGAACACUUCAACGACCCCUCUUUCGGUGGAUCUUGGACCAAGGGUGCAAUCUACUACCUUAAGAUUGCAGUCUCUCUCGGUGUCGCCGCUAUUCCUGAAGGUCUUGCUGUGGUCAUCACCACUUGCUUGGCUCUUGGAACGCGCAAGAUGGCCCAGAAGAACGCAGUUGUCCGGUCCCUGCCCUCGGUGGAAACUCUGGGUAGCUGCAGUGUGAUUUGCUCUGACAAGACAGGAACCUUGACCACCAACCAGAUGAGUGUUGAGAAGAUCGUUUACCUGGCUAGCUCUGGCAACGGUGUCGAGGAAAUUGACGUUGAGGGUACCACCUUUACCCCGGAGGGCAAGCUGUCCUGCAAUGGUAAGGUGGUUGAAAAUCUGGCUGUGACCUCGUCUACUAUCCGCCAGCUUACCGAAGUUACCGCUCUUUGCAACGCCGCUACAUUGUCCUAUGAUGCUAAAACUCGUGCCUUUUCAAACAUUGGUGAACCAACGGAGGCAGCCCUCCGCGCCUUGACUGAGAAGAUUGGUACCAGCGACGCCGCCGCGAACCAGAAUCUUUUCCGCCUUCCAGCUUCUGAGAGACUGCAUCUCGCAAGCUCGCACUACGAAUCCCGUCUUCCGCUCCAGGCCACUUACGAGUUCUCCCGUGACCGUAAGAGUAUGUCGGUUCUUGUUGGCCAGGGCAAGGAGCAGAAGCUUCUGGUCAAGGGUGCCCCCGAAUCAAUUCUGGAACGCUGCUCUCAUGUCUUGCAAGGCUCCGAAGGAUCCCAAGUCCCUCUUUCCAAGAAGCACGCUCAGCUGCUUUCUGAGCAGGUGGUCGAAUACGGUAACAAGGGUCUCCGCGUCAUGGCCAUCGCGAGUGUGAGUGACGUGUCUGGCAACAAACUCCUGAAGAAUGCAACCUCUACCGAGGACUACGCCAAGCUUGAGCAGAACAUGACUCUCAUUGGUCUUGUUGGCAUGUUGGACCCCCCGCGCCCCGAGGUUGCAGCUUCGAUCAAGAAGUGUAGGGAUGCUGGUAUUCGUGUCAUUGUCAUCACUGGUGAUAGCCCCAACACCGCAGAGUCCAUCUGUCGCCAAAUUGGUAUCUUCGGAGCCAACGAGGAUCUCACUGGCAAGAGCUUCACCGGCCGCGAAUUCGAUAACCUCAGCGAGGGCGAGAAGAUGAAGGCGGUUGAGACCGCGUCCCUGUUCUCCCGCACCGAGCCCACUCACAAGUCCAAGUUGGUUGAUCUGCUUCAGUCCAUGAACCAUGUGGUUGCCAUGACUGGUGACGGUGUCAACGAUGCCCCCGCUCUCAAGAAGUCCGAUAUUGGUGUUGCCAUGGGUACUGGUACUGAUGUGGCCAAGCUUGCUGCCGACAUGGUUCUCGCAGACGACAACUUUGCUACGAUCACUGUCGCCGUUGAGGAAGGUCGAUCCAUCUACAGCAACACCCAGCAGUUCAUCCGGUAUCUCAUCUCAUCUAACAUCGGUGAGGUCGUCUCUAUUUUCCUUACCGCCGCUCUGGGUAUGCCCGAGGCUCUGGUUCCUGUUCAACUUCUGUGGGUCAACCUUGUCACCGAUGGUCUCCCUGCUACCGCUCUCUCCUUCAACCCCCCUGACCACGAUGUCAUGAAACGCCGUCCUCGUCGCCGUGAUGAGCCCCUUGUUGGUGGCUGGCUCUUGUUUCGUUACAUGGUUAUUGGUACCUAUGUUGGUGCCGCUACAGUGUUCGGUUAUGUUUGGUGGUUCAUGUACAACCCCGAGGGCCCUCAGAUUAGCUACUUCCAGCUGUCUCACUUCCACCGUUGCUCUUCUCAGUUCCCCGAAAUUGGCUGCGAGAUGUUCAGCAACGAUAUGGCCAAGUCCGCGUCGACCGUGUCUCUUUCCAUUCUGGUGGUCAUUGAGAUGCUGAACGCGAUGAACGCCCUGUCUUCUAGCGAGUCUCUCUUCACCUUCUUCCUGCACAACAACCCGAUGCUGGUGUAUGCCAUCACCCUGUCGAUGGCUCUUCACUUUGCUAUCCUCUACAUUCCCUUCCUCCAGAGCUUGUUCGCUAUUAUCCCUCUGAACUGGACUGAAUGGCAGGCGGUUUUGGUGAUCAGUGCUCCUGUUAUCGUGAUCGACGAGAUCCUCAAGUUCGCAGAGCGCCGCCUUGACACUUCACAUGUCACCGAUGUCGCAGUUACCCAGAAUGGUACUGCCGGCAAGCCCAAGCGCGCAUAA